AUUAUCAUCUCUCUCAAUAAGCACUGUUAUUCUCCAAGAUUGGGUUUUUAUCAUAUCACCGGUUUCCAUGGCUUCUUCUUCUUCUUCUUCUUCAUUUCCAACCCCUAUAAAGGUAAAGAAGAGGCGGGCAUUUAUUUGCAGUUAUUGCUGGUCUUCUGUAUUUCUGUUUUCUGCAGGUUUCUUCAUUGCCACUGCAGUUUUGGUUCUCACAGAUUACAACCAGAGGCUUUUAGGGUGGCAGCUGAUUGAAGCUUUCGGGACAUCAGAACCCACUUGUCAGGAUGAAUGCAAGGCUGUUGGAACUGAGACAUUGCCUAGGGGUAUUGUUUCUAAAACCUCUGAUCUGGAGAUGCGGCCGCUUUGGGGUUCUGCUAAACAGAAGCCGAAGUCUCCAAUGAGCUUGUUAGCAAUGGCAGUUGGAAUAAAGCAGAAGAAGAACGUAGAAGAAAUAGUAAAGAAGUUUCCAUUAUCUGAUUUCAUGAUUAUGCUUUUCCAUUAUGACGGGCUGGUGGAUGAAUGGAAAGAUUUGGAGUGGAGUAGCAGCGCCAUACAUGUUUCUGCUCCCUAUCAAACAAAGUGGUGGUUUGCCAAGCGGUUCUUGCAUCCCGAUAUCGUUGCAGAUUAUGCUUACAUUUUUAUUUGGGAUGAAGAUCUCGGGGUUCAACAUUUUAAUGUUGCAAGAUACUUAUCAAUAGUGAAAGAAGAAGGGCUUCAGAUAUCACAGCCCGCAAUAGAUGCUGAGAAAUCAGAGAUUCAUCACAAGCUUACUGCUCGAGUAAAUGGAUCAAAAGUUCACAGGAGGGAAAUAAACAUUAGAGGCCCGGGGACGAGGUGUUUCCCCGACAGCCAGGGUCCUCCUUGCACAGGAUGGGUGGAAAUAAUGGCUCCGGUUUUCUCCAGUGCAUCGUGGAGAUGUGUGUGGCACAUCAUUCAGAACGACCUGGUUCAUGGAUGGGGCGUCGACUUCCAAGUUGGUUAUUGCGCACAGGGUAACCGAACCGCCAAUGUUGGGGUGGUUGAUACUGAAUAUUUGGUUCACUACGCCCUCCCUACACUCGGGGGGUCAUCAAACCAGACAAGUAAUGAAGCAAAAGGCCAGCAGGGUUCUUCCAAGGAAUCCUCAUCUCAUCCAUCUCAUGCUAGAAAUGCAGUGAGGAAGCAAUCUUUUGUUGAGCUAGACAUCUUUAAUAACAGAUGGAGAAAAGCUGUUACAGAAGACAAAUGUUGGGUUGAUCCAUUUUGAAGCCAAAGAGGACUCUCACAUAUAUACAGCAUAUCACUUAUAAGGAAUUGAAAAUUCUUUCUAUCAUUUUUAAUAGAAAGGAAAACUGUAUCAA